GUGAAGGCGGCGGUGGCGGUUGCUGGAGCGGUGCUAGCGGGUCAUGAUUCAUGACUUGAGCCGGAUCUGGCUGGAGACCCCCAUCCCAUCCGCCGGUCCCCAUGUGGGGUCCUUUCCCGGACGGCGGGUUUGCCGGGCCUGGGGCGCCGAACCAGCAGGACGCCUCGCGGCCCGUCAACUGGACCAUCAAGAAGCUGUGCCACGCAGCCUUCCUGCCCUCCGUGCGACUGCUUAAGGCGCAGAAGUCCUGGAUCGAGCGAGCGUUCAGCAAGAGAGAAUGCGUUCAUAUCAUAGUGAGCUCCAAAGACCCCCAUAGGUGCUGUUGCGGUCGCCUGAUUGGACAGCAUGUGGGCCUGCCCCCCAGCAUCUCCUCCAAUCAAAAUGACAAGUCCGAGCGCUUGCCAAAGAAUGACAGCCUUGCUGAGAAAUGGUCGAUCAGCAAGCACACGCAGCUCAGUCCUACCGAUGCCUUUGGCACCAUCGAGUUCCAGGGCGGAGGGCACUCCAACAAGGCCAUGUAUGUGCGGGUCUCCUACGACACCAAACCCGACCUGCUGCUGCACCUGAUGACCAAGGAAUGGCAGCUGGAGCUCCCCAAGCUGCUCAUCUCGGUGCACGGAGGGCUGCAGAACUUCGAGCUGCAGCCCAAACUCAAGCAGGUGUUCGGCAAGGGCCUCAUCAAGGCUGCCAUGACGACCGGCGCCUGGAUCUUCACAGGAGGGGCCAACACAGGGGUCAUCCGUCACGUCGGAGAUGCGCUCAAGGACCACGCCACCAAAUCUCGCGGAAAGAUCUGUACCAUCGGCAUCGCCCCCUGGGGCAUCGUGGAGAACCAGGAAGACCUCGUGGGCAAGGAUGUGGUCAGGCCCUAUCAGACCAUGUCCAAUCCGCUGAGCAAGCUGACGGUGCUGAACAGCCUGCACUCUCACUUCAUCCUGGCGGACAACGGCACCACGGGGAAGUACGGGGCCGAGGUCAAGCUGCGGAGGCAGCUGGAGAAGCACAUCUCCCUGCAGAAGAUCAACACCCGGAUUGGGCAGGGAGUGCCUGUGGUGGCGCUGAUCGUGGAGGGGGGCCCGAACGUCAUCUCCAUCGUGCUUGAGUACCUGCGAGACACGCCGCCCGUGCCCGUGGUGGUGUGUGACGGCAGUGGGCGGGCAUCUGACAUCCUGGCGUUCGGGCACAAGUACUCGGAGGAGGGAGGUAUCAUCAACGAAUCCUUGCGUGAUCAGCUUCUGGUCACUAUCCAGAAGACGUUCACCUACAGUCGCACUCAAGCCCAGCACCUCUUCAUCAUCCUCAUGGAGUGCAUGAAGAAGAAGGAGCUGGUAAGUGAGCCAAUCUGUUAGCGUAGCGCACUAGCAUAGCCUGUUAGCGUAAACCGACACGUGUGUUUCCUUCGCCUUGCAUCAUCUUCUGUCUUCUCAAUGGGAUGUUUUUUAAAGGCCAAAUGUGUGUGUUGAGGUUUAGCUGGACUUUGGAGAAAUGUCCAGUCAGUGGUAGAACUUCAUCAUGAAUUAGAGUGUCAUCCAGGG